CCAGAUUUUCAUCGUGGCGUGCCUCUUCGUGUUUGCAUCUCUACCCUCUGUCACGCGUACAUCAUGUCGACCGUGACCUCUACCUCUCGCCUCGGCGACACGCCCCUCUCCGUCUCUCCCUCCAAGUCGCUUCCGCCGUACACUCCCUCGCAGCCUGCUCCCCUCUACUCUGACUUGCCCAACACGGGCGAGCAGUCUCUGCAGUACACCCCUCGCGUCGGUCAGUCCUGGUUCCUCCCCGACGGUGUUUACACCAAACGUCAAGGCAAAACCACCAUCCUUCUAUACAACCAGGAGGACAACGCCCAGACGCCGGAAUAUAGACAGAGCGGCAUCGUCAGUGGUUGCAUCACCCUCCAUGACGCAGACCGCAUUCUCGAAGUCUCGGUAUUGAUCGAAGGCCGGCUUGACCUCAGCGUAGCCGAGAGCACGAACAACACGACAAUUAAGACAGUGCAUUCCACCACAACUCUAUGGAAGAAGCAGCCUCCCCGCGCGAAUCGAGAUCACAACGGGCCCGAAUCGGAUAUGGUUAUGCCCUCCAAGUGCCCAAACCAACUCGCCUUUGCGAUGCCCUUGCCCAAGAAUUACCAGGAUUCCACAGGAACCCACCCGCUCCCGCCUACAUUCCAAACUCUCGACUUUGGCCAAUCUGGCAUCUUUGCGCGGAGUUCUUAUCGGCUUCGAAUUACUGUGAAGAGAACCCCGAAGCUUGGUUCUGGGUUCUCGUUGUUGGAGAAGACGAAACAUAUCUUCAUUCCUUUCGAUUACUGGCCUCGGACACGCAGUCAGCAACCCAUUUCGUCAUGUAAUGGGUCGUUGGCACUCAUCAAAAUGUUACCAGACCAAUGGUACCAAUCGACAUCCACGAUUGAUGUUCCUUCUCCACGAGGGAAAAACGCUGAAUUCCAGCCUGUGACUGCUAAUAUCUUCGUACCUGAUCCCCGUGUCUAUGCGUUGUCGGAUUCCAUUCCAUUCCACCUCCAGCUCUCGGGAAGAGUCGACUCUCUUCGGGCUUUGGUUGCGCCUGAUACCCUCAAGGAUACCCUCACAUCCCCCAACGAUACCCACACCUCUUCAUCUCGCCCCACCUCAUUCAAACCCUCCACAUGCAUCAAAAAACUCCAGGGCGAGAUGUCCACCUCCCUCCGCGUCUUCCUCCUCCGCCAAAUCCGACUCGAAGUCAAAGGCAAAAUCCGCGUUCAAAACGUUAUCAUCGGGGAAGCCCAGCUCGAGGCUGUUCCGCCGGUGAUGACGGAUAGCUAUCGUCUUCCCGUCGAUUGCCGGGAGGAGUAUAUUAGUUGGACGGGGACGCUCAAAGUUGGGGAGGGGUUGGAGAAGUUGAUGAGGGAGUAUCCGCUCUUGACACAUCCGGAUACGAAGACGGGUGGGUUUCAUGCUGGGAGUUAUCUCAAGGUUAAUGAUUUUGUUGCGUUGAGUGUUGGGUCGUCGAAUCCACCGUGGAAGGAUAUUCGGUCGAGUAUUGGGAUUAAGCUUGUUACCGAGUCUUGGGACGAUGGGGAGGAGGUUGAAGUGCCUUUCUUCUGA